AUGCCUAAGCCACGUUCGAAAAGACAAGCGAUCCGAGACGAGCGGAAACAGAAACGCCGCAAUGCAGAGGAAGCGGACGAGGUCAAAUCAGCAAAGCGACAGCGACGAGACGACGCCGAAGACGCCAAUGAUGCACAACACGAAUAUGGGGCAAGCGAAGGUGCGGCUGGCCUCCCGAGCUUCGACGGCACUGAACGCCCGGAAAAGGAGUUCUUUGGUAUGCUGUCGGACCAAGAGCAGGAAUACUUUCGCCAAGUCGACGAGCAACUAGACAUAGACGACUUCUCGUCUCAAGAGGAGCGCGACAUGUAUCUGGCCAAUGUAUUCGUCGAGGCAAAGGGCAAAGAGUUGAAGCUCGCGUGCAGUCAAUCAUGUUCUCGGCUCAUGGAGCGCCUCAUCUUGAUGUCGAACUCGAGACAAAAGAAGAAGUUAUUCGAACAGUUUGCGUCACACUUCCUCAACCUCAUACAGCACCGCUUUGCCAGUCACUGUUGUGAGACCUUGUUCUUACAGUCUGCACCAGUGGUCACAAGGGAGCUCAGUGGGGAGAGAGACGACCAGCCUGCAGAUGGAGAGGAGCCGGACGCGGAGCCUCUCCCCACAAUGGAGGAGCUGUUCCUGCUCACACUUGAUGAGCUCGAGGGCCAAUUGGGGUACUUGUUGACGGACCGGUUCGCAUCUCACAGUUUGAGAGUGCUGCUGAUCAUCCUGUCUGGACGACCGCUCGAACAAGCCGCAACCAAAUCACUCAUCCACAGCAGGAAAAAGGAGAAGAUCUCAGCGCCAUGGACUUCCAACGCGACCGGCGAAGAGAAUGCAAAAGAUGCCCUGCGGCCCGUUCCGUCAUCAUUCAAUGCUGCUACAAAGAAGAUUAUCGCCGAUUCUACAGAAGGCAUGGAUGCGACAGCAUUGCGUCUCUUGGCCCGCCACCCCACAGGAAACCCUGUCCUUCAAUUGUUGCUGGAGCUCGAUAUAACCCUGAACUCAAGAAAGGAGAAUACAAAGGCCGAGGAUCAACCCGAGGAAGACUCCAACGAGCGGCGGCUACUGUGGCAGCUGUUGCCCGAUGCACCAGCUUCCCUCAAGGAGUCAACUUCAGAAGCAUCAGAGUUUAUUAAUUCCAUGAUUUACGAUCCCAUUGGAUCUCGACUACUAGAGACGCUCGUAUCCCAUUGUCCGGGCAAGCUCUUCAAGGUCAUAUUCAAGCACAAUUUUGGAGAACGAAUCAACAGCCUGGUCCGAAAUGACGUUGCGUCCUAUCUAGGCAUUCGGAUCCUAUGUCGUUUGGGCAAAGAGGAUCUCGCAGCCUCAGUCAAGAAGAUUAUACCCGAAAUGCCAAAAUUAGUUUCCUUGUCACGGUUCAACGUUCUCAAGACACUGUUCGAGCGAUGCCACAUCAGAGAAGCCCAUAGUGAGGUCUCGGCACUAUUGCGGGCACUGGUCGAGGCAUGUGAGGGUGACAAGAAGGUGCUGGUGCCGAAACUGUGCUUCCCCGAAAAGGAUGCCGAAUCUGAGAAGCAGCAGUCUCAACAAUCCCUAUCAAAGAAUCAAAAUGCCGUAAUCUCUCACGGAUGCCACUUGGUCACAACGAUGUUGUCCAUCUCCGGUGCCGUGUCAAACGCUAUUCAGACAUCCUUGGUUGCCCUGCCUCCGGAUUCUAUCAUGAGCCUGGCCACGACAUCCGGCCCGACGGCGCAUGUCUUGACGGCAGCCUUUGAGACAAAGUCCCAGAACAAGGCAUUUCACAAAGUGCUUGUGGCAGCCUUGAUGCGAGACAUUGCCGGACUUGCACAGUCGGACCACGGAAGCAAGGUGUUGAGUGCCGUCGUGACCAUUCCCUCCAAGAGCGAUGGCAUCAACCUGCCAUUUCACAUGAAACAGCAGAUUAUGAACGUGCUGGGCGACAAUGAGAUGGAGCUACGAGAAUCGUUUCCCGGACGCAAGGCGUGGAAAGCAUGGCAGGGAGACAUGUGGAAGACGCGGACGAGAGACUGGAUCGCCUGGGCGAAGGAGGUUGACGAUGCAGCGAGUGCAUCGGCAGAACCCGUAUGGAAGAGACAACAGAACGCCAUGAAGGGCAACACCAAUCCGAACAUGGUCAAGGUCGACGAGACUGCACGGAAACGGAGAAAGGAUGGUGAGGCGGCCCAAUAG